AUGGCACCUAAUAAGCAAUGGAUGGAACUUAUUACCAAUAGACUUGCUAAUGCUUAUAUAGAUGGGGUAGAGAAUUUCAUGGAUUAUGCUUUUACAAAAUUAGGAGAACCAAUGUCGAUCCGUUGUCCAUGUAUUAAAUGUGGUAAUGCAACUUCUAGAACACGUGUUGUAGUUAGGUCACAUUUAAUAGUGCAUGGGAUAAUACCAAGUUAUACUUUUUGGUAUCACCAUGGGGAGAUGUUAGGUGAAGCACAAUCAGAUUUUGAAUUUAUAGAUGAUAAUGACAUUGAAGAGGAUGAUGGUGAGGAUGAAAUACAUGGGUUGCUAAGAGAUUUGUACCCCGAUUUUGAUGGAGAUAAUAUGAAUAAUAGUACUGGUGAUGAUCUUCGGGAGGAGGAACCAAAUGUUGAAGCAAAAAGAUUUUAUAGGUUAUUGAAAGAUCUUAAUCUACCAUUAUAUGAAAUUGCAAAAGUUUCUAUACUUUCUACUUUAAUUAAAUUGCUUCACCUUAAAAGUAUUGGUCAUUGGAGUAAUGAGUCAUUUACGAUGCUAUUAAAGUUUUUGAAAGAUGAUUUAUUGCUUGAUGGAACAAACUUGCCAGAUUCAUAUUAUGAGGCAAAGAAGGUAAUUCGAGAUCUUGGGCUUUCUUGUAAGAAGAUUGAUGCAUGUAAGAAUGAUUGCAUGUUGUAUUGGAAGGAUGAUAAUUGUCUUCAAUCGUGCAAAGUUUGUGGUGCAUCUAGAUGGAAGGAUGCUAAACAUAGUGGGGAAACAAAAUUGAAAAAAGGAAAAAAGAUACCGUGCAAGAUUUUACGUUAUUUUCCUCUAAAGCCAAGACUUCAAAGAUUAUUUAUGUGCUCAAAGACAUCUCCUUUGAUGUUAUGGCAUCAUGACAAAAGAGUUGAUGAUGGAAUAAUGAGGCAUCCAGCUGAUUCAAUGGCAUGGAAAAAAUUUGAUGAACUACACCCAUCUUCUGUAGCUGAACCUCGUAAUGUACAACUUGGACUUGCUAGUGAUGGUUUACAACCAUUUGGAAUGUCGAGAACUCCCUACAGCAUUUGGCCUGUGGUACUUGUUCCUUAUAAUUUGCCCCCUUGGCUUUGCAUGAAGCAAGAGAAUUUUAUUUUGUCAAUGCUUAUACCUGGUCCUAAUGGUCCUGCAUAUGCCAAUUUGUCUGGAUGGAGUACAAAAGGAAAACUUGCUUGCCCAUGUUGCAAUAAAAAAACUAGCUCUACAAGGCUAAAAAAUGGCCAAAAAGAGUGUUAUAUGGGCCACAGACGCUAUCUUCCUCUUAAUCACAAAUGGAGAAAUGAUAAAGUGUCAUUUGAUAACACUGUUGAGCAUAGGCUACCACCAGAAAUGUUGUCUGGUGAUGAUAUACUUGAUCAAGUUGCUGAUUUAGAUGGGUUGCCAUUAACAAAGGAUCCACGGAAAAAGAUUAAAAUAUCGCAUAAGAAAAGGGGUGAUAACUGGAAUAAGAAGAGUAUAUUCUUUGAUCUUCCAUAUUGGAAAACCUUAUUGUUGCGACAUAAUCUUGAUGUGAUGCACAUUGAGAAGAAUAUAUGUGACAAUAUUUUGGGGACAAUUUUAGAUAUCAAAGGGAAAACAAAAGACACAUUGAGUACUCAGUUGGAUUUACAAGAAAUGAAUAUACGGAAAGAAUUGCAUCCAAUACAAAAUGGAGAUGAAUAUGAGUUGCCGGUAGCAUCUUACACAUUAUCUGUUGAAGAGAAGAAGAAAAAAUUCAAUUUUUUGAAGAAUUUAAAGGUCCCAGAUGGAUUUUCCUCAAAUAUUUCUCAAUAUGUCAACCUUAAGGAUAAAAAAAAUUGGGAUUAA